AAGAAAAGACAUGUCAUCCCAAACAAUCAAAAAAAUGAAGCCUCUUUCCUUAUUCUUCCUUCCUCUUGCCCUAUUCCUCUCCUUAUUUUCCCUAACAUUCCAUAUCUCAACAGGCCAAACAUUAAUCCAAAACACUUGCAAAACAUCUUCAAAAGAUGAUCCAAAUAUUAAGUAUGGUUUUUGCACUACUUCUCUACAAGCUGCUCCGGCCAGUCAAUGUGCUAGUCUUCGUGGACUCGGGAUGAUAUCGAUUAGACUUAUUCGAUACAACGUUACUGAUACGAGGUGUAGCGUUAAGAUAUUACUGAAAGACAAGAAUUUGGAUCCUUAUGCAAGGAGUUGUUUGAAGGAUUGUUUUGAACUUUAUUCAGACGCGAUCACGACUAUCAAGCUUGCUAUGAAGAGUUAUAACACGAAGAAAUAUUAUGAUGCGAACAUACAAAUAAGUUCAGUUAUGGAUGCUGCUACGACAUGUGAGGAUGGCUUUAAGGAGAAAAAUGGUGUUGUGUCACCAUUAACAAAGAGAAAUGAAAUUACUUUCCAAUUGUCAGCAAUGGCCCUUUCUGUUAUGAAUCGUCUUAAGAAUAAUGGGUAAAUUGGUUGAUAUUGAAGAUAUUGCUUCUUAAUUUUGAUUGUUAAUAUUCCUGUAUUUUUAUUGUAUUUUGGUUGGUUUCCCCACGUUCGGUACCCGCAUUGGAGCCCGACUAUAUUCGUAUUUCCACUGGGGGUAAGCGCUCCCUAUCAAUGAUUUUUUCAUACCCAGGGCUCGAACCUGUGACCCCUGGUUAAGGGAGGAGCAACUCCAUCCGCUGCACCACAUCCUUUGAUGGUAAUAUUCCUGUAUGUUAAUUAUUACGUAGUUCAUUGUGUAACUUUCACUUUUUUUGAAUCUUUGCUUGAACUUUUGUACUUAAAAAAAGAUAGUAUCCCUAUAUAUAUUGGAUGUUAUGAGAUAUUUAUAUGAUGAUAUAAGGUACUAAUAAUUAAUAA